UAAUUGGACCUCUUGCUAAAUUGUAAUCGCGCAUACGUAUUGAGAGCAUGACUUCUUCUUCUAUGGCCUUUCAACCAGGAGCUUCUUCCUCUUCUUCAUCCUCUUCAUCUCCUUCCAUCCGUCCAUGGGAUCAUGAUGUAUUCUUGAGCUUUAGAGGUGAAGAUGUUCGCCAUAACUUUAUUUCCCAUUUAUACCACUGUUUAUAUCAAAGAGGAAUCAAUACUUACAUAGACAACAAUCUUGAGAGAGGGGAGGAGAUUUCACCGGCACUUUUCAAAGCUAUUGAAGGGUCAAUGAUUUCUAUCAUUGUACUCUCUAAAAACUUUGCAGAAUCUAGAUGGUGCUUAGACGAGCUAUUGAAGAUUCUUGAUUGCAAGGAAACAAUGAAACAAAUUGUUCUACCAAUUUUUUACCACAUAGAUCCAUCGGAAGUACGGCAUCAAAAAGGGAUUUUUGGAGAAUCCUUUGAUAAACUUGGAGAUAAGCUCAAGGAUAACGCAAAGAUGUUGAAAUGGAAGGCAGCUUUGAAAAGAGUGGCCGAUUUGUCUGGUUUCCCAUUAACAAACUUCCGGAAAGAGUCAGAAUUUAUCCAGGAAAUCAUUCAAUGGGUGGACUUAAGAAUGGUAAAUCAAACACCUUUAAGCGUUGCCAAGUAUCCAGUUGGGAUAGAGUCUCGUAUACGACAUAUUUAUCAACAUUUAAGUAUUGGAAAGAAUGAUAUUUUACUCAUUGUAGGGAUAUUUGGGACCGGUGGAAUUGGGAAGAUAACUAUUUCUAAAGAUAUCUACAACCGGGUUUCUUCACAAUUUGAAGGAAGCUGUUUCUUGAAAGACAUUAGAGAAACUUCAAAACAAGCAGGAGGUCUAAUUACGCUGCAAAAUACCCUUCUUUACGAUAUUUUAGGAACAAGUUUGGAUGUUCAUGAUACUGACAGAGGCAUCAAUGUGAUUAGGCAUAGACUUUGCUCUAAAAGAGUUCUACUAAUUCUUGCUGAUGUGGAUGAGUUGGUCCAAAUAGAAAAGUGGAGAUCGUGA